UCAAAUGUAAAUCGCAAACGUUCCUCAACACUAACGCGGGUAUUUUAGUUUUAGCGAUACUAACAUCAAAUAAAUCAAAUACAUCACUAACAUCACUCCGUUAUUCCAUAAAGAAAAUUGUUUCUCGUUUCCGAUGGAGAAUGGCUUUGUAGACUGCCACUGUCACAUAUCCGCGCAGGAGUUUGAACAGGACCUGGACGAUGUAAUUAAGAGGACCACACAGGCUGGAGUUAAGACUCUUGUGGCAGUAACAGAAGAUCAGAGAGAGUUUGACAGGGUUCUACAGCUCAAGAAAAGUUAUGGAGCUCUGAUAGCUCCCUGUUUUGGGGUCCAUCCUCUUCAGAGCGAUGGGGGUCCGGACAAACGCAGUGUGAAGCCCCAGGAUCUGGAAGCUGCACUACCAUAUUUCUACCAACACAGUGAAGAGCUGGUUGCUAUUGGGGAGAUUGGUUUGGACUUCACUCCGUGGUUUGCUCCAUCUGAACAGGAAAAAGAUGACCAGAUGAAGGUCUUUGUCCAGCAGCUAGAGGUCGCCAAAGAGCUCAACCUCCCUGUGAAUGUCCAUUCUCGGUCAGCAGCUAAAGUUACCAUCUCCACCAUGAAAGAACAGGGUGUAACUGGUGCUCUGCUUCAUAAUUUUGCCGGAAAGCUGUCAGUGGCGUUUGAUGGAAUCAAAGCUGGAUAUUUUGUUUCUUUCCCUCCAGCUGUUUGCACCAAUCCACAGGUACAUGCUGAUGUUUUGUUCUAUUUAGUAGUAAAAACAAUUAAAUUACCAUUUUAUUUGCAGAAAGUGAAGUUGAUAAAGCAGAUCCCACUGGAGCACAUCUGCCUGGAAACGGACUCUCCAGCUUUAGGCCUAAACAAACAUGAGAGAAAUGAACCAUGCAACAUCGGCCUGGUUUGUCAGUACAUCGCCCAGAUUAAAGGACUGUCCACAGAAACUGUUCAGUUUGUCACAAGUCAAAAUGCUCAGAGACUUUUUACAAAGAUCAACCAACUUUGAUACAGCCAGGUGGAGGAUGAGGUGCGGCGGACAUAGUAUUAAAGCAGAAUUUAUUUUUAUAUUUAUGUAUGAAUAUAUGAAGGAGACCAUGACAAUUUAGCCAUAUGAGGGAUCAUAAAUUCUAUACGUGUAAACUUCUCAAUGGCAAAUGAAACAAACCAUAAACAGCCAAGAAUCAAAAAGAAACAAAAACACAAAAGAUACUGUAUGGUUUUGAUUAAAGAUACUGUACGGUUUGUAUGGUUUUGAUCAAAUAAAUAUUUGUAAAAGGA